AUGUUGGUCGUGUUUUUGAAAUUAUUCUUGUUGUCCUUCGUCUCGAAGCAAGUCCAUGGAGCAGAGGCGUGGCUGGUCGAUACGUUAAGUGAAUUGCUGGCUGAUCCGGUGAAUCGACUGGAGUAUACCAAGACUGGGCAGUGCUAUGACAACUUGAAUCGGCAGGUAAGGCAUUUUUGAAGGGUUUUUUGAAGAUUUUUAUGAAAAAAUGAAAAUUUGAAGUUUGAAUUACCUUUUUACAGUAUGGUUCUACGGUACCUUGUCUUUUUGUUCAAGUAAUGGUCCAAAAUGGCACGUGAGUUCAUAAAAUUUACGGGGGGGGUGGGAGGAUAAGGCUUAAUAAGAUAUUGUAGUAAGGCUUGGUAGUGUAGGAUAAAGCAUAAUCAGAUAGAGUAUAAUAGAAUAAGGUUUGGUAGGAUAGGAUAAGGUAAGGCAUUGUAAGUUACCGUAAAGUAGGGAGAGGGUAGGGAUUGGGACUUGAAGAUGAGUUGUAGUACGGUAAAGAAUGUGUUGCUAUAGGAAGGUAUUUCAUCAUUUGGUGCUAGCUUAUGGUUACGUAAUGCUAUGGUAAAGCGAAGGUAUUGAAUGGACUAGGUAAGGCCAGAGCAAGGCUAGAGUCACGCUGGGCUAGGGUGAUGAUAGAUCAAGGUAAGGGUUUAUCACCACAGGUCAUGACGGAGUAGGGUAUAUUAACAUAUCCUAAGGUAAAGAUGGGUAAAGUAAGGUAGGGUAGGGUAGGAUAAGCUGGGGUUAGGAGGGUAGGGGAAUCUAAAAAAUUUUAAAUAUUAAAAAAAAAUUUUUUAGAAAAAAUUUGUACAAAAAUAUGGACUACGGUACUCCUUUCAAUGAUUUUGCAAGCAGUUUACCGGGCGAUUAUCAAUUGGAAGUCAUAAACCAAAUGGACGAUUUCAUAAAGAAUAUUGCUUCAAGUUGUGCAAAUGUAAGGCUACACUACCCUACCCUAUCUUACCCUCCCCUACUCUGUCUUUCAGGUUUACUCUUAUUUUAGUCUAACCAAUCCUUCUACUGCUCCAUAAAACUGAACAAUAUGGUACUAAACUCCCCAAAAGAAGACCGUGGUACAGUUGUUUGUGCACCAUGUAAUCAAAACUCAACAGCUUUAAAUGGAAUUCAUAAUGGCGACGAGAUGCAACAAUUUUACGCUGCCAAAGGCAGAAUUAUGUUGACAUUGGAGGUGGAUCAGAACUUUCGAAAGUUGACAUUGAUAGAGCCCAAAGAGGACUCGAUUUCAAUGACAAGCACGGAGGAAACGACCGAAACUGUUGUUUUGAAGGUGGGCAUGGGUUUGAAUUUUUUUUGAUUUUUUAAAAUAUUUUAUUUACUUUUUUAAAAUUUUGAAAAUUUAUUUGUUUUUUUUCUAAUUCUAAAAAUUUUUUAACAAUUUAUUUGAAAUUUUUUUAAAUUUUGAAAUUUUUGAAAUUUUUUUAAAAAUUUUAAUGAUUUUUUUUCAUUUUUGCAUUUUUUUUUGAUUUUUUUUUAAUUCUAAAAAUUUUUUAACAAUUUUUUUGAAAUUUUUUGAAAUUUUUUGAAUUUUUUUAAAAAACUUAAUUUUUGAAAAUUUGAAAUUUUUCUAAAUUUUGAAAUUUUUGAAAUUUUUUUAAAAAUUUUAAUGAUUUUUUUUAAUUUUAGCAUUUUUUUUUGAUUUUUUUUUAAUUCUAAAAAUUUUUUAACAAUUUUUUUGAAAUUUUUUGAAAUUUUUUGAAUUUUUAAAAAACUUAAUUUUUUGAAAAUUUGAAAUUUUUGAAAUUUUUUUAAAAAUUUUAAUGAUUUUUUUUUAAUUUUAGCAUUUUUUUUGAUUUUUUUAAAAGUUUCAAUUUUUUUAAAAUUUAUGCAAGUUUUUUUUGUUUUUUUAAAAUUUUUUUUGAAAUUUUUUGUGUUUUUUAAAGUUUUUGCAAUUUUUUUUUGAUUUUUGAUAAUUCUUUUGAAAUUUUUUAAAAUUUUUAAUUUUUUUAAAUUUUUUUGAAAUUUUUUGAAUUUUUUAGAUCUUGAAUUUUUUUAAAAUCUUUAAUUAUUUUUAAAAAUUAAAAAUUUUUGAAUUAAAAAAAUUUUCAGAACAUGGGAGUCCGAGUAUCAAUGACAUCAGCAGUACGAACGGACGGUAACAAACAGAUUAUCAAUUUCACUUAUGAGCUCGUUCGAACUGAUGAAGAAGGUGUCUUGUGUGCUGAUGGAUCGACCGAUGUCGCUUUCGAAAGGGAUCAGAAAGUAAAGGCUUUGAAUGUAAGUUAUAUUAUACGAACUAGUAACUACAUAUAGUUUUACUUGAAGUACGGGUAGGGUAAGAUGACUUCAAUGCUGGGCAGGGACUUUUAGUCUGGGAGCGGGGGUCAUAAAAAUCGGCACAGUAAAUCUACAGUUUUAGGUAACAUGCUAUUUUCACGAAGUCAGCUCGAUGCCGGUCUUUACAAUACCUCAAUACGUAAACAAGCUACAGUUUUUGUUCCGUGACUGUACCACUGAUCCAGAAUCUUCAACGUGUAUGGUACUACGAUUCGGUGGUUAUUUGUCAGCGUGCAGUGAGACCUUUGUUGAGCACGUUAAUCCGUAUGAAAACAUGCACUACUGUUCAGUGUAUUACAGUAUCUACGAGAAUUCGUCUGGCAUUAGUAAGGUUUAAAAAAAAUUUUUUGGUACCCCCUCCCUUGUUUUCACCUCCCCUUCUUUUUUUUAGCCCGUCCAUUUUUUUUCAGCUCCCCCCCCCCUUGUUUCACUCCCCCCCCCCGUUUUUUACCCUACCUUCUUUUUUACCCCCGCCUUUUCCUCUUUUUUUCUCAUCCCCCCUUUUUUUUUACUUUUUACCCUACCUUCUUUUUUACCCGCCUCCCCCCUCCUCAUUUUUUUUUACUUCUUUCCUCCCUCCAGAAACAGUUUUCAGUCGUUACUGAUAAUGUCAUGCCUAAAAACCGGUCGAUUUUCAGUUGACAUACCGUUUGUUCGCGUUUACUGGUCGACUUUUCCAAAACCUACAGAUGGUCUCAUAUGCAGUUUACAACUGAUGGAAAUGGUAGACAAUGCCACGGACCAAUGGAUACACACAAUGUCGUUUGGCUGCUCAUGCUUUCCAUCUGCCGAUCCGCAGUGCGAUAGAAACCUGCCUAAAACACGACCUAACACUGACAUUCCAUCUAUACCGGUAGGUUAUCGUGCCUCUAGCCUCAGCUUUAGUCCAGAGCCUCAGCCCAGAGCCCUAGCCUAGAGCGCUAGCUCAGAGCCCUAGUCCAGAGUCCUAGUCCAGAGCCCUAGCCCAGAGCUCUAGUCCAGAGCCCUAGUCCAGAGCCCUAGCCCAGAGCCCUAGCUCAGAGCUUUAGCUCAGAGCCGUAGCUUAGAUUUAUACUCUGCUCUUUCUACUGUAUUUUUUCUACUGUGCUUUUCUUACUGUAUUUUUAAUACUGUAUCUUUCAUACUGUAUUCUACCUACUGUGUGUCACUUCACGCUGUACCCUUUACUGUAUUCUUCCUACUGUAUUAUUUUUACUAUUUUUUGCAGUAUUUUUCUUAUUCUUACUGAUGUACUCUUCCUAGUGUAUCCUACCUUUUGAUUACUACUAUCUCUAUCUUACAGUACCUUAUACUAUCCUAUCAUACUUAGGUAUAGUACUCGCCUUUAUCUUUCUCAUACUAAAAAUCUUUUAUACUAAUCUUUUAUACUCUCACUUUUAAAAUUUUUAAUAAUAUUAUUUUAGCAACGAACUUGCAUCUCGGCUUAUGUAAACAAUGACUUUAUCAUUGCCGAGGGUUUGGUUGGAUUUUGCAAAUUCGACCAGUCAAACUUUUCAAUAACCAACGUUUCCUAUCCGGGCGACUCUUGUUACGGUUUGAAUUAUUAUCUAGAAGCGUACUGUAAACCGCAGUAAGUUUUUCUGAUGUUGUUUUUUCUAAUUUUAGACUUAAAACGGAAUGCCAAUUUUGGCGGGAAAUAAAAAAUUUGAAUGUUUUAGAAUAGUAAAGCUUUUAAAACGUGAUUUUAUAGUAAAUAAAUGACUGAAAAACUGUUUUAUGUUAGUUACUUUUGACGUUGCUUUAUAAAUUUGAUUUUGACAGUGUUUUAAAGCCAUGAAACGGAAUGCCAAUUUGGCGCGAAUUUAAAAAUUUAAAUUUUUUUGAUUGGAAAACUUUAACCAUAAGAUAAGAAUCAAUUAGAAUGUAUAUCUUUUACUUUUUUGAUAGUUUAGACUCGGUUUUAAAGGCUUAAAACGGAAUGUUAAAUUUGGCGCGAAACCAAAAAUUCAAAUUUCUAAUGUAAUUUUUUUUUUCAGUUUUGAAGAAGGCAUUUGUGAAUGUUGUUGUGCGAGCGAAAGGACCACAUGUAACGGAGAUUUUAUGGAAGGACGAGCCUACUACGGCCUGUAUCUAUCUUGUCUGGGGUCACUCAAAUAUGGAGAACAUGAGUCAUUCUUUGCCAAUCUUUUGGUAAGUUUGAAGUUUUUAAAAUUUUUUUUAUUUAUUAAAAAAUUUUUUUGUAAUUUUGGUUUGAUUUUCAAAGUAUGACGUCUUGGGUUAUAGGCAUUUGCGAGACCAUGGGUAUACAGCCCGAUAUUGUUCUUCCCACCAAUCGAUAUAAUGGAUGUUAAUCGAGAGUUCGAAAAACUUUUGGGCUUUUUCGAAUUGGACUUGAAAACACUUAUGCUUAGGGAUACUGGUAAGCUUAAUUUGGUUUUGAAGGUAGAAUUGUAGGGUAGGUUAGGAUACUGUAGAAUGGGAUAUUGCAAGGUACAACAGAAUAAGGUACUGUAGGGUAUGGUGCUGUAGAAUUGGAUACUGUAGCGUAGGAAGGGUAUUGUUGCAUAAGAUACUUUACGGUGAAAAGGGUAGUGUAUAAUUGGCUAUUGUAAGGCGCUAAGUAUGGGUUACUUUAGGCUAGAAUACUGCAAAGUAGGAUACUGUAUGGUAUGGAGGAUAUUGUAGAAACUGAUAGUAUCAGGUAGGGAACCGUAGUGUAGAAUACUGUAGGCUAAGGUAUUGCAAAAUAGUAUGUUGUAGGGUAGGGUAGGGUAGAGUAAAGCAUCUACAUCACGUUAAAACCACUUUUUUUUCCAGGCAUCUUCAACCGUGUAAUGCACGCCUACAACAAUGACACUACGGUAGUGGCGGACUCGGCCAGGAACACCUUCUACACCAAAAUCUGUGGCAAUAUCAACUUUUGGGGCGCGGCCGAGAUCUCGGCUCAAUGCAAGUGCUUCUACUCGUCCAAGACCAUCAUCCAUUGUUGUUGCUCCAAAACUCCACUGAGAGGCUUCCUGGACCAACUAACUGUACAUGUCGCCAGUGAGAGGGGGACCAGCUUCAGAGCAUUAGGAUACCGUGAAUGCACCUCUUCUUAUCUGCCCAAGUUUACGAAUGACAAUGUGUUGCAAAAGGAAGGCAAAGGACAUAAAUAUGGGCAUGGCAAUACAUUGAAGAUGAAUAAUAUAAAGAAAAAUGAGCUUAACCAAGAGCUUCCUGAAGUAUAUAUCGAAAUUUGGAAGAAAAUGAGGAAGAAUGGAAUGCUUGGAUCGUUUGGAUCAAGCCUAUCAUUAUUUGGCAUAUAA